AACGAGGCUGUUAGCUUCAGGAAAUCAGUUGGAGGAAAAAAAAAAAAGCUUUCCUUUCUGUAAUCAAGCCUCCCCAGUACACAGUCAAACAUACACUGGAGCAGCAGCAAUUUAUAGCCAAUGGACCCUCGGAUUACAACAUUUAAGGUGCGGUUUAUCAAUCGAUAGCACGCCCCGGGUGUCGAAGCGCUGGGCCGGGCCGGAACCAGAACCAGGCCCGGACGGACGGACACAGCCAGCGCUGCGUUUUGCGACACCGGCGGGCUGCCUGCCUGUGUGUGUGUGUGUGUGAGUGGGAAUUGGCAUGCUGUCUGUAGGGGACGUCUAAUGUGUAUCACCCUGCCUUGCUGUCUGUAGCUAGACAGCAAGUUCGCCGAUGAGACCCCGGUACCUGUGCUGGAUCAGAUCGGAUGUGAAGGCUUGAGGCUCGAGCAUGGGACAGCGCGAAUUUAGCCAGAAGCGAGCUAGCUUUAACGCUAGCUAACGCCAGAGUUAACGUCAACGGACAUCAACUUUUACUCGCUAGCUAGCGAGGCAACAGAAGAAAAGCGAGUAUGAGCGCCACACCCGGGUUUAUGUGAAAGAAGAAGAGUUAUUUUACAUCGCCUUACAUUUGUCAGUUCGCUUGUUAGCUCUUCGAAAAAGGUCUGAUAAAUGUUUCUGGAGCGAGUAUAGCAGUGUAGCUAAGUCGUUAGCUGCUAGGUUAGCCUGCCUCGACCGCCCCAAUGAAAGAAUACAAAGUGGUCGUGCUGGGCAGCGGCGGCGUCGGCAAGUCCGCGCUGACCGUCCAGUUUGUCACCGGCACCUUCAUCGAGAAAUACGACCCGACCAUCGAGGACUUCUACCGAAAGGAGAUCGAGGUGGACUCGUCGCCCUCCGUGCUGGAGAUCCUCGACACAGCGGGGACGGAGCAGUUCGCCUCCAUGAGAGACCUGUACAUAAAGAACGGACAGGGCUUCAUUCUGGUCUACAGCCUGGUCAACCAGCAGUCAUUCCAGGACAUCAGACCAAUGCGAGACCAAAUAGUGCGAGUGAAGCGCUUCGAGAAGGUGCCAUUGAUCCUGGUCGGGAACAAGGUCGACCUGGAGUCUGAGCGCGAGGUCGCUGGGUCAGAUGGUCGCGCUCUGGCUCAAGAGUGGGGCUGCCCUUUUAUUGAAACCUCUGCCAAGAGCAAGACUAUGGUGGACGAGCUGUUCGCAGAGAUCGUCCGACAGAUGAAUUAUUCCACGCUGCCGGAGAAGCAGGAGCAGUGCUGCACAGCCUGUGUGGUGCAGUGAGGAAGAGAUACAUCAUCUGUCUGGAUCACCACGAGGAUUUUGAUGAAACAUGAACUUGGACAACCUGACUUUUGAGCCUGACAACAAAAACUUACCGCUAACAGCCGGUUAAGUUUCUGUUCAAUGUGGUUUCUGACCGUCUAUCACAGAGCAUCUGACAGGAAAGACGUCGGUCCUAUUUUUGAUAUCAUAACUGUUUAAAGACGUUUCUGCUGCAACCUUAACGGCCUUUGCGAUGACCCAGAAUGGAGUCAGACAGACAGACUUUUAAUGAGCGAGAACGGCCAUCUGUGAAUUUCAGUCUCUUUUUUUUUUCCCCCUUUUAGUCUAAAGUAUCCUUGAAAUAAUAAGCAGGAGUCUUUGUGAGGUUGCAGCUUCUUUUUAAAGCUGCUUUAAUCUCUAUUAUAUACUUUAUUAUUACUUGUAUUAUGUCUCAAGUUUGGAAUUUGACAAAGUAUUUCAUAGUAUUGAAACAUUUUGACUUUUAAGCAUGCAUACUUCAACCAGUUUGCUGCUGCCCAGGCGCGCUGCUCUAUUUAGAUUUUUGAAAAUCUUGUCAAAAAUAGUUCUGUUAGCAGGCAGAGACCGCAGCAAGUCUGACUUACAGUAGACAUUUUUUUUUUUUUUUGGCUCCAGGAAACAUAGACAGGAUGUUUGCACUUUGUGGAUUAACCCUGUAACACUUCCUUCAGUCCACUCUGCUGCCCUGCAGUUCGAGCUUUUACCUUUUCAUCAUCGCAGUAGCCUGAAGCAGCUAAACUCAUCUGAAAACACGCAUGCUCGAAAUUGAAAAUGUUCCACUAAAUCAACUUGAAGUGAUAAGGAAGAGCCAUUUUACUGUUUUUUUAGCCUGAAUUCUGUCAGAGUCUCUGCAAGGCAUGAAUCUCGUGGACGCAGGUCUUCCAUUUUCAGUUUUCUCGAGGAGUCUCUGUGGGAAGAUGAUUUUGGAACGACCAAAGGAAGCUCACAGUGCAUAUUUGUGUUUGACUACAUGACGUGUGUUGCUUUAAAUUCAGGAGACGCUGAUUUUCUUGUCAUCAAGUAACUCCCGCUGCAAUGUGGUUUGAUAAAAGUUCUGGCACAGUUAAUCAGAUUUAACUUUUAUUCUUUUUCUUAUAGUAACAUAUUUAUUAAAAUCUAAUGACAUGGGUAGCCAGUUUUAAACUCUUAAUUUUAUACUAGUUUUCGCUUUUUGUGACUUUUCAGGAUACAUGGUACAUUGUUCUUUGGGGUUUUUGUUAUUUUGAAGCUGAGGAUUUAACAGAGCCUUAAAUAAUUUCUGUUGCACCCUGGUCUCAUGUCUCUUAUUUUUUAUUCUGAAAGAUAAACCGUUGUCAUCGUUUGGUAAUAAACAUGCUGGCCUUUCUGCUUUUGUCAUGAGGAAAAGCUUUAUAGUUUUAUCUUGGAUUGAUACACAAUCAGUUCUGCGUGACUAAUGCGUUUUCCUUCUGCUGACCGAUCAUUCCUGGUAACAAAGUGUUAUGGGUUGAAUUUUUCCCACUGGUCAUGUGCGCUCACUGUCUCACCUCACCGCCUCCAGUUUGGGAGCCAUUCUUCAAUAGAAAGAGACUUUGACAGUCACUCUGUAAUGAAAGUAGCCUCGUCUGCUUGGUCUUGCCACUAUGAGAUAUGUAAUCCUGUGUUAAAGCGGCUGUCAUCAAUAUUUUUUUUUAACCCAAACAUCAUAUGAAUGUGAUAAUAUAAAGGGGCUGUUCGUAAUGAUGAGCCUACAGAGAAUUAUCACCUUAAUGUGGUUCCCCUCAGCUUUUGAUU